GUGCUGACCGCAGUCUCGGUUCGGAACCGGUGCAACACGCUGCCCCAAUGGCCGUUCUACAAUUAGCCCUCGUGGGCCUCCUGUGUGCUGCCGUGAGCUGCCAGGAGCCUGACUCCCUCAGCUGGGUGAUGCAGCAGGUCGCGAGCGAGACCAAGAACAAGUUCAACGAUGACCAGAAAUAUGAUUGCACGACCUCUGAAGGCAAGAACGGGUUCUGCGUGAAGAAGGCGCAGUGCGACACUCCCACACAGAACGUCAUAGACCCAACUACGGUCUUCACUUACAGGGGUAAAGAAUGCCAUUUCCUAGAGGAAUGCUGCGAGAAGAGCAAGGUGAUCACGAAGACUCCCCCAGAGCCCUACAAGCCGCCAGCGCUCUGCGGCAUCAGCAACCCUGGAGCCCUGUCCUUCAGAGAGAAGACCGACCAGAACUUCUCUGAUUUCGCCGACUUCCCCUGGAUGGUCGCCAUACUCAAAACGGGUAAGACCGAUUGGGACAACGAGGACUACAUCGGCGGCGGCAGCAUCAUCAGUCCCUCUGUGGUCAUCACCGCAGCCCACAAAAUCGACGACUACAACCCCGGACAGAUAAAAUGCAGAGCUGGAGAGUGGGACACGCAAGUCACGAAGGAGGUUCUCCCUCACCAAGACAGACUUGUGAAGAAAAUUGUCCUUCAUCCCGAAUUCUUGAAACUCCAUGCGCACAACGACGUGGCGCUGCUGAUCCUCAGCGAGCCCUUCACCCUGGCCCCGCACGUGGGCGUCGCCUGCCUGGGCCGCAUCAUGCCGCCCGCGGGCACCGAGUGCUACAGCAUGGGCUGGGGCGCCGACAUAAAAAAAAACACCAGCUACUCUGGAAUUCUUAAGAAGAUUCUCCUAAAGCUAGUCCGUGACAAGCAGUGCGAGAUCAACCUGAAAAACACGAAGCUCGGCUCCACGUACACCCUGCACAACUCGCUGACCUGCGCCGGCGGCGAGGAGGGCGUGGACACGUGUGUCGGUGACGGAGGGUCACCGCUUGUCUGUCCUCUGCCGGAUCCGUCUCGGAAGUCAACCAGGUAUGCGGUGUACGGCAUGGUGGCUUACGGCGUGGGCUGCGGCGAGAAGGACGUGCCUGGAGUGUACGUGGACAUCCCCCAAGUGUACCAGUGGGUGAAGGAUCAGAUGGUCGCCGAAGGGCUACCGAAUACCCAGUUCGAUUAUUGAAGUCAGCAGAAUGAAUAAAUACUCAGAAUUUAGUUAUA